CUGCCUCAUUUUGAGAGGUAUAAAAUGGCCAUUGCGGCUAGAAAACAAGCAAGCAAGCAUCAACGACAAUAAAUAAACUUUGAUACGCCUUGAUGGAAUGUUUCACUGCAGUUUAUCUGCAGGCGCGGUAUGCCUGUGCUCGGUUUAUGGAGACAGCUUUCAGAGCAGAUCUAGUACGUAAUUUUCCUGGGAUCUUGGGAGGCUUUACAGGGUUUGGUGGGGUUUGGGGUUUUUUUUUAGAAUGAUUGUGAGCUAAAUCUACACGUUUGCAUUUAUUCUACGAAAUCUAUUUGAUGGAAUUGUAAUAGCUUAUAGCAACAGGUAUACCCGCUCUAGGGAGCGCCUGGGUGUGGACACAGUCGUAUGGCCAGUGUUGCACUACUUUCUGUAUUCGGUGCUAAAAUUAAGCGAAGGACAGGGUUGUCAGCAUUAUUGUGAGGUGUGCUGGACGAUGGCAUUCGGAGAGCUAGAAAGUUAGGUAGUUCAGUGCUAGCCUGCCUCCCAGUGCAAGGGGAAACCAGUGAUCAUUCCAGAUCGGUGCAAAAUAUACGAGAAGGCAGACGAGAAGGUAUUUUUAGGAAGCGUAUCUAAAUAUACAGUGUAAGAGUGAAUGUAAAAAAAAAAAUGUUGUGGGUUGUAGAAGUUAUCAAGUGGGAUUUGCGGUGCGCUCUCUGCAGGAAACGAAAGCUGCUCCAGUUCAAAGCCACAUGCACCAACGUGACAUAUAAGCCAUUAAAAUAUCAUCCUGACGGCUCAUUUCUGCUUCAUCAUACAUUCCCUAACUGCUUCCAGAAAGCAAGAAAAGAAGAAAUGAAGGAUGACCGCCUCGAUGGAAGCGCCAAAGAGGUGGAACAAAGUCAGGAAAUGAGGCACAAGACUCCCCUUGUAAUGAGGAAAAGAAAACGACUUUACAGAAACAUCCUGGAAAAGUCAAGUAGCUACCCCGGACACCAUGGUCACCACCACCACCACUCAGAAGCUGGGAAUCCCUCUCUGUUCACUGGACUCCAUGAGCAGCCUCCCCAUGCAGCUCCAGGUGGCCAUCUAAACGGACAGCUCAGACUGGGGUUACCUGGAGAAAUGUACGCCAGGUCUGAACAUUUCACUCAAGUACCAGCCUCCAGGACAGAUCAUUUUGCCGCUUCUUCGCUUCAUAGCUACGGUGGUAUGAAUCUGAACGUGAACCUGGCUCCACACCACGGCCCGGGUGCCUUCUUUCGUUACAUGAGGCAGCCCAUCAAACAGGAACUCAUCUGUAAGUGGAUUGAGUUGGACCAGACUCCCAAAAAAUUAUGCUCGAAAACUUUCAGCACGAUGCACGAGCUGGUGACUCAUGUCACGGUGGAGCACGUUGGAGGACCCGAGCAGUCCAAUCACAUAUGUUUCUGGGAAGAGUGUCCGAGAGAAGGGAAACCUUUCAAGGCCAAAUAUAAACUUGUAAAUCACAUCAGAGUCCACACAGGUGAAAAACCUUUCCCCUGCCCUUUCCCAGGCUGUGGCAAAGUGUUUGCCAGAUCAGAGAAUCUCAAAAUACACAAAAGAACUCAUACAGGGGAGAAGCCGUUCAAAUGUGAAUUCGAGGGCUGUGACAGGCGCUUCGCCAACAGCAGCGACAGGAAGAAGCACUCGCAUGUCCACACCAGCGACAAGCCCUACAACUGCAAAGUGAGAGGCUGCGACAAGUCCUACACCCACCCCAGCUCCCUGAGAAAACACAUGAAAGUGCACUGCAAAUCCCCUCCUCCCAGCUCCGGCUACGAGUCCUCCACGCCCUCCUUGGUGUCCCCCUCCUCGGACUCCGGCCGGGAGCCCCCCGCCUCCUGCUCCCACGCUGAGCCCUCCGCGCCCGCGCAGCCCGCCGCCAACCUGAGCGAAUGAUGUCUACCCCGUUGCUCUCAAGGUAAUCUAGACAGACGCAGCUGAAAGCCUGAGUCUUAUGCCUUAGACAUCAAAGCAAGCUCGCACAAAGAAGUAUUUCUUCACAACGGUGAAUCUUCAUGGUAAGUUAGGAUUUCUAUGGCAAUAGGCAAGUCAUACUUAAAUAGUGAAAGGCGAAGUCUGGAGCCCGUCCAGUCUUUUCAUUAAGGACAUAAUAUUUACGUCUAACAGGCCCUUUUUCUUGUGUAUACAAGUAUAUAUUUUUGUUUGACGCGAACUAAAUCAUUUUCAUUUAAUUUCCGGUAAACAAAACCCACGCGAACAGGGCACUUGUUCCAGACCAUAAUAAAAAUGGAUAAGACUGUCAGGAAGAAAAGGCCCGCUUGAACCGUCGCCUCAGCUCACUUUUGUUUCUGCUUUCUGCCAGGAUCAGAGAAUGCAUUUGGGAUUUGAGGGCGAGUUUCUAAAGGCAAGGAAAUGGUUUUUAAGGGGGGAAAGAAAAGGAGAAAGGUCUAAUCAAGCUCGGGUUGUUCAAAGGGCCUGAUUUUGGGGUUGAAAGUGUGAGUUUUAUGGUGCAUCAGCAUGCCACGUUAGGAUCGCUAUGGUAAUGAGGAGAGCAAUAGCAAGCGGCCUUCAAAGGAGGCACACUCCAUUUGAGACAGUCUAUUAAGAUACAUUUGCACUGACCUUUGGUUUCAUGCUAGCUUAAUACACUCAAUCUGCUCCCCGCUAGAGAUAGACUUCCUCCACCUAAUGCACUUCGGAGGAGCUGGGUUUUGCUGGGCUUCACCCUCCCCCCGAGGCGGGCUCCGUUCCAACGCUGUAGCCCCAGUCUCCUUCUCCCCAAAGUCAGGGACUGCCAGCACCCCAGGCUCGGUGGGACAUCCCGCCCGCUGUCCCCAGCCCUUCUGAUCAGCUUCUAGCGGCAAAACUGGCCACAAAGCCUGAGAAUCGCUUCCCUUUCCUCCCCACCGAACGUGGGAGGAGGAGAUAGGAUGGGGACUGGAAGAUCCCCCUCCUUGGGCUGCCUGUGUUUCGGGGAGUAGGCGUCCCGAUGGAAGCCCCCAGGAGCUGGAAAGCGGGGUGAGGUCCGGGGGGAGAUGGCCGUGCCCCCUUCCCAUUCCCCCGGUCCCGCUGUGGCUGCGCGGCAGCGAGCGGAGGCUCCGCGGUGCGGGGAACUUGACACCCGCAUGGCCGGGGCCAUGGGCGCUGGGCCAUGGGCCCGGGAAAGUUAGAAGUCCAUGUUCCAGUAAUUGUCUUGUUGUUUAUUUUAUCCAAGUACCCUAGUGAAUAGGGGAAAAAUAAACACGGGGGAAAAAAAUUCAAACAGUUGAGUCGUCUUUA